AUGGCCCAGACUCAGUUUACGCGAAGCUCGGAGAGCGACGCGUGGGCGCUGCUCUCUCUGAAGUCUGCGCCCCCGUCACCCUCCAAGGUGCAGUGGGCCCAGGAACCGGCCCCCAUCGCGAUCGCGAGGCUCGACGGCCGCGACUUCGAGUACCUCAUUCGCCAGAAGCGUGUCGUGAUCGGCCGGAACUCUAGUAGAGGCCAAGUGGACGUUAACAUGGGACAUUCGAGUUUCAUAUCUCGUAAACAUCUCGAACUAAUCUACGACCACCCUGAGUUCUACCUGACGUGUAACAGCAAGAAUGGAGUGUUGGUUGACGGCGUGUUCCAGCGGAAGGGCUCCGCCGCCAUGCUGCUACCCAAGAGAUGCACACUUCGUUUCCCUUCCACGAAUAUUCGACUGGAGUUCCAGUCGCUGGUGGAGGAGAGCGGCGGCGGGGCUGGAGGUAGCUCCGGCCAGAUGCCUCCGCUGCGCAUCACCAUCCCCUCAGACAGUGACGGCCGAAGCCCUGCGCCUUCGCCUACCGGUACAAUAAGCGCCGCCAACAGCUGUCCGACGUCGCCACGCGGAGCUGGUUCCUCGGGCCGACGGCACGCAGACCUCGGCCUCGUAGCUCACUACGCCGCGCUGGCAGACCAUGCACGGCCCAACUCUAAUGGGACUGCUGCGUCUUCCUCGAACUCUGACUCAGGCUACGGCAGCACGCGCGACGUGCGCGAGGCCCGCGAGCCCCGCGAGGCGCGCGACGACGCCAAGCCGCCGUACAGCUACGCGCAGCUCAUCGUGCAAGCUGUCGCCUCCGCGCCCGACAAGCAGCUCACGCUCAGCGGCAUCUACAGCUACAUCACCAAGCACUACCCUUACUACCGCACUGCCGACAAAGGCUGGCAAAAUUCCAUUCGUCACAAUCUAUCGCUCAAUAGAUACUUCAUCAAGGUCCCGCGCAGUCAAGAAGAGCCCGGUAAGGGCAGCUUCUGGCGCAUAGAUCCUCAGAGCGAAGGCAAACUGAUCGAGCUCGCCUUCCGUCCGCGGCGUCCUAGGGGCGUGCAGUUUCGGGCACCCUUCGGGCUCUCUUCCAGGAGCGCGCCGACGUCACCGUCGCAGGUGGGGGUGUCGGGGCUCGUCACGCCCGAGGAGCUCUCGCGCGAGCCCACUCCUGACCUCUUCCCUCCGGAGGAUCAGGACCAGCAGAUCAACUCCUCGGCGAGUCAGCAACGGUUGAGCAGCAAUAACAGCCAGUCGACGCAGUAUCUGUUCCCGCAACGUAGCGGGGUCAGCCAGAGUGCGCCCGGCUCGCCAGGCCACGGCCUUGCGUACAGCGCGGGCAGCGGCGCGCUAGUGAUGGCUGGACACCAGAUCACCGUAGUCACCAACGGAGCCGGCGGAGAGAGAGAAGAGAAGUACGUGGUGGGCACGACUGGUGGCAACCUGGUCUCCAUCCAGGAGGAGGAAGUGCCCGCCAACGUCGUCAUACACCAGCACUCCCCUUACUACGGCGGUGGCUACGGGUCUGGUGGAGGCGAGGACUGCGGCGCGGUGGGAGGCGAGCUCGUCAUCUCCGAGGCAGACCAGCUCGCGCACCCGCCGCACAAGCGGGCCAGGCACAACAACAUGUCGGAGCUAGAGGAGCGGCGCGCAUAUUGA